AUGGAGAACAGCACAGGGGUGACACAGUUUGUGCUGAUGGGUCUGUCCCAGCGUCGUGAGGUCCAGCUGUUCCUCUUUGUGAUCUUCCUCACUUUUUACGUCAUUGUGCUGCCUGGAAACGUCCUGAUCAUCAUCACCAUCCGGGGUGACCCCAACCUGACAUCGCCCAUGUACUUUCUGCUGGCCAACUUGGCCUUCCUGGACAUCUGGUACUCAUCCAUCACGGCUCCCAAGAUGCUAGUGGACUUCUUCUCUGAGAGGAAGGUGAUCUCCUUCGGCGGCUGCAUUGCCCAGCUCUUCUUCCUGCACUUUGUGGGAGCAGCAGAAAUGUUCCUACUCGUUGUCAUGGCCUAUGACCGCUAUGCCGCCAUCUGCAAGCCUCUCCACUACACCAGUGUCAUGAACAGAAACCUCUGCACUGUCCUGGUGCUGGCAUCCUGGGCUGGAGGCUUCAUCCACUCCCUCAUCCAGGUGGUGCUGAUCAUCCGCCUACCCUUUUGUGGCCCCAAUGAGCUGGACAACUUCUUCUGUGACAUUACUCAGGUGCUCAAAAUCACUUGUGUCGAGACCUUUGCAGAAGAGUUAGUGAUGAUCUUCAGCAGUGGCUUGAUCUCAGUUGUCUGCUUUGUGGCACUGCUGGUCUCCUAUGCUUUCCUGCUCUCCAUGCUCAAGAAAAGUGCUGGUGACAGUGCCAACAAAGCCCUCUCUACCUGCUACUCACAUAUCACCAUUGUGGUCUUCAUGUUUGGGCCCUCGAUUUACAUCUACGCCCGCCCCUUCUGUGCUUACUCCCUUGACAAGGUGGUCUCAGUUUUCCACACUGUCAUCUUCCCCCUCCUCAAUCCCAUUAUCUACACUCUGAGGAACAAGGAGAUAAAGACAGCCAUGAGGAAGCUGGCCAACAGAUACGUCCUCUGCAAGGGGCACGGAUGCUAG